AUGGGAUUACUCAUUCUCCUGAGAGGAUUUAGUGGGUGUGAGCAGAGCUGCCAUACAAUGAAGAUGUUUUUAUUUACGUGGAGUAUCUGGUGGGUGGGGUCAGGAGAUUCUCUCCCAGGCAGUGCCACAGGGUUACACAAACGACUGCUCUGUUUCUUGCAACCCAAGGGCGGCUCCUCAAAGAGUCCACGAAGAAAAUUUGUCUUCGCUGAUUACAGUCUGUGGAUGAUACUCUGCUUCGAAUAUUCUUGUUUCUUAACUCCAAGGACUGUUUCAAGUCUUCCAAUGUCUGGCAGAUUGAAGGACAAAGGUAAAGGUGAGCUAGCAGAGGCUGCUCAGAGGGAGAAUCCAGAAAGGACCUUUGAUCUGGUAUUGAAAGUGAGAUGUCAUGCCUCUGAAAAUGAAGAUCCGGUGGUAUUGUGGAAAUUCCCAGAGGACUUUGGAGACCAGGAGGUACUACAGAGUGUGCCAAAGUUCUGUUUCCCCUUUGACGUUGAAAGAGUGUCUCAAAAUCAAGUUGGACAGCACUUUACCUUUGUCCUGACAGACAUUGAGAGUAAGCAGAGGUUUGGAUUUUGCAGACUCACAUCAGGAGGCAAAAUUUGCUUAUGCAUCCUUAGUUACCUGCCGUGGUUUGAAGUAUAUUACAAGCUUCUAAAUACUCUGGCAGAUUACUUGGCUAAGGAACUGGAAAAUGAUUUGAAUGAAACUCUCAAAUCACUCUAUAACCACCCAGUACCAAAGGCAAACACUCCUGUCAAUUUGAGUGUGAACCAAGAGAUAUUUAUUGCCAGUGAGCAAGUUCUGAAAGAUCAGCCCUCCCUAGCACCGCAUUCCUACUUCAUUGCCCCUGAUGUAACUGGACUCCCAACAAUACCUGAGAGUAGAAAUCUUACUGAAUAUUUUGUUGCCGUGGAUGUGAACAAUAUGCUGCAACUGUAUGCCAGUAUGCUACACGAAAGGCGCAUCAUUAUUACCUCUAGCAAAUUAAGCACUUUAACUGCCUGUCUCCAUGGAUCAGUUGCUCUGCUCUACCCAAUGUACUGGCAGCACAUAUACAUCCCAGUGCUUCCUCCUCACCUGCUGGACUACUGCUGUGCCCCAAUGCCAUACCUGAUUGGAAUACACUCCAGCCUCAUAGAGAGAGUGAAAAAUAAAUCAUUGGAGGAUGUGGUUAUGUUAAAUGUUGACACAAACACUUUAGAAUCACCAUUUAAUGACUUGAGCAACCUACCGAGUGAUGUGGUCUCGGCCCUGAAAAGUAAACUGAAGAAGCAGUCUACAGCUACGGGGGAUGGAGUAGCCAGGGCCUUCCUUAGGGCACAGGCUGCUUUGUUUGGAUCCUACAGAGAUGCACUGAGAUACAAACCUGGUGAGCCCGUCACUUUCUGUGAGGAGAGUUUCGUGAAGCACCGCUCAAGUCUGAUGAAACAAUUCUUGGAAACUGCAGUUAACCUCCAACUUUUUAAGCAGUUUAUCGAUGGUCGACUGGCAAAACUAAAUGCAGGAAGGGGUUUCUCUGAUGUAUUUGAAGAGGAGAUCACUUCAGGUGGCUUUUGUGGAGGAAACCCGAGGUCAUAUCAACAAUGGGUGCAUACAGUCAAGAAAGGAGGUGCAUUGUUCAACACAGCAGUGACGAAAGCAACUCCUGCUGUACGGACAGCAUAUAAAUUUGCAAAAAACCACGCAAAGCAGGGAAUAAAAGAAGUGAAGAGUAAGCUCAAACACAAGGAAAAUGAGGAAGAUUAUGGGACCUGUUCUGGUUCUGUACAGUAUACACCAGUUUACACAUUACACAAUGAAAAGGGAGGAAACCUGGAAAAGCGUAAGCUUUCCAAGGCACGCUUAAAAAGGCCUCUUAAGAGCCUUGAUGGUGCUCUGUAUGAUGAUGAUGAUGAUGACAUCGAAAGAGUAAGCAAGUUAUCUUCUGAAGACAGUGAAGAAGCUUCUGCUUAUUUUUAUGAAAGUGAUGACUCUGUUGAAACAAGAGUAAAGACUCCGUACUCAGGUGAAAUGGACUUAUUAGGAGAGAUCCUCGAUACAUUGAGCACGCACAGCUCAGAUCAAGGGAAGCUGGCAGCGGCUAAGAGCUUGGAUUUCUUUAGAUCGAUGGAUGAUAUUGAUUAUAAACCCACGAAUAAAUCCAAUGCGCCUAGUGAGAAUAACCUGGCUCUGCUUUGUAGUGGUUCUGGUGACCAAGCGGAGUGGCAUCUCGGGCAGGAUGACAGUGCCCUCCAUGGCAAACACCUCCCUCCCUCCCCCAGGAAGCGAGUGUCCUCUAUUGGCCUGACAGAUUCUCUGUUUAUCCUGAAAGAGGAAAACAGUGAAAAGCAUCUCAGUGUCGACAGCGUGAGCGGGACUCCGACAGUGGAGAAGCCAGCUUCUACUUCAGGACUGGAUUUCCAGCCAGCUGCACUUGAAGUUUCCCAAACUGAAGAAGGAAAAACAGAACAGAAGGAAACACUAAGCCAGACUUCAGAUGAUCCACUCAUACUCAGCCUUGGGCGACGCUCAUCUACCUUUGUUCCUUGGGAGAAGGAAGGGAAAGAAGCCAAAGAGACUUCAGAAGAUACUGGGCUGCUUCAUGAAGUGGUGUCAUUAUGUCGCAUAACAUCUGCCUUCCAACAGGACUUGAACAUUUCAGAGGAAAACACAAGUGGAAACCAAGCUUAAAUCAACAAUUUCAAUCUCUUGCAUCCAAGCUUCUGUGGAGACAUUUUAGGAUUCCAUGUAAUCGAUAUAGUAAACAAUUACUUGUAGGAAUGACAACUCUUACUACUGUCUAAAAGUUAUUUUUCAUUUAGAACAUACAUUUCCCCCACUCGUUCGUCUCAUGGGUAUAUAUUAUCCAUUGAUUUUUAAAUGUAAAGCUAAUUCUUCUACUGUGCUCUUAAAUCAGGUACUAGUUUGUAUGUAUGUUGAAAGCAGGUAUUGAUGAUUUCCCACCAUUUGGUGCUUAAUGCCAUUCAGUUUAUUUAAACUAAGUAUGCAUAUAUAACCCUUGCACAUAACCAGUAGCUACUAUACUAAUCUGGUUGAGCAUCAACUGAUCAAGAUAUCAAAACUUUUCAGAACUAGCCUGAAACUGUUGACCCGCUAAUUGCCUUAAUCUUAAACGUAUAUUAAGCAUACUUAAAUAAUUUAUAGAAUUACAUGUAAAUUUUGAAAGAUAAGUUAUAUGUGAUCUGCAGAGCAAUAAUGCCUUUUUCUAUUCAUUGAAUCAAGGACAAAAUUCAUUUUUUCAAAGUUAAAAAGCUCUCUUGUGAACACUGCAGCCAUGUUUUCCAAAAAGUAUAAAGGUACACAUUUACCUGUCACUCAGUGAAAUAUAUGAAGUACUGAAUUGCAAUGUGAAAUUAAUGCCUUCUGUUUACAAACGAGACACUUCAAAAAUUUUUCACCGUCUCUCCGUAUGCCUUUGCGUACAUCCAAGAUCCCACCCCCAGAAAGCCAAAUGCAAUGUAAGCUGUCCUGAUGAAAAAUGGUCCUGUCUUUUUUUCUUAACUAAUUCUUUAUCAAAACGCUUCAUGUCAUCUCAAUUUACUUUUUAAAAUAGUUGAUUUUUAUUUUAGAAGUUUUAAAUUUAUAGAAAAAUUGUGAAGCAAGUACAGAGAGUUCCCACAUAAGCCUGCACACAAUUUUCCCUGUUACUAGUAUCUUACACUCACCACAAUUAAUGAACCAAUACUGGUAGUCCAUGCUUUAUUCAGAUGUCCUUAGUUUUUUUCUAAUAUCCUUUUUCUGUUCCAGGGUCCCAUUCAGGAUAUACCACAUUUUACUGGGUUGUCACAUCUCCUUAGAUUCCUCCCAGCUGUGACAGUUUCUCAGACUUUCCUUGUUUUUGAUGACCUUGACAGUUUUGAAGAGUACUGGUCAGAUAUAUUGUGGGAGGCACCUCUGUUGGAAUUUGUCUGAUAUUUUUCUCGUGAUUACACUGGGAUUAUGGUUUUGGGGGAGGAAGAUUACAGAGGUAAAGUGCCAUUUUUAUCACAUCAUAUCAAGGGUGCAUACUGUCCACAUGAUUUGUGAAUGUUGAUGUUGACCUUGAUGACCUCACUGAGGCCGUGUUUGUCAGGUUUCUGCACUAUAAAGUUACUCCUUUCCCUCCCUUUCCACACUGUAGUCUUUGAAAGGAAGUCAGUCUCUGUACAGCCCACACUUAAGGAGUUGGCGCUUAUGCUGCUUCUUCUUUGAGGCAGAGCAUCAGCGUGAAUUAUUUGGAAUUCCCCUGCCUGGGAGGGUUGUCUCUUCUGCCUCAGAUUCACUGUUAGGCUUUGAAAUUCAGGGAGAAGGAGCCAUACAUUGAUUGCUUCACGAGAGGUUGGGUUAAUAGGUGUAAUCAGAAGAAAAAACGGUGAUGUUAUGGUUUAUUUGCUAUCAGUAUGUUCAGUAGAUAGACUCUCUAUAUCCCCAAUCAUGAUUACUUUUUAGAAAUUGUCGUUUUAGAAAAGGUGUUUGAGAAACCAUUCAAGAAUCCAUCAGGACUGUACUCUAAAAUAUUUACUGAAAUAAUUUUCAGUUAAAAACAAGCCCCAGAAGGGGUUUUGUUAAAAACAUUGCUUAAAAAUAUUUACCUAGGUCAAUCUUUAAAUAAUUCAAAGAAAUGGCCAAGUUUUUCUUUUUUAAACUGCAUUCCAAAAUCUAAAUGGAUAUGUUUUAUUUGGGACAAUUAUUCAUUCAUGUUUACGAAGGAAAACAAAUCUUGUUUUCCCUAUAAGGAUGAACUCUGUAUAUUAAGGAAAAUAGUGUUUAAUCCUUAUUUUUUUAAGACAAAAGUAAGACUCAAGGUUCUUGUCAAAUUUGCCUUUAUGUACUCAUUACAAAUUCUGUUUUACUUUAUUGACAUAUGUAAUGAAAGAAGUCCAUUUAUCAGCAGAACUGUUCUAAACGAGAAGGAAAAAGGGGUGUUCUGAUUGUUAAUCUGCUCAGCAAAUAUUCCUUCAUAAUUUUUGAAAAGGAUGUAAAACAGCCUUUUAAUAGGAAUAUUGGUAUGAGGUAUUUUUUCCUUCAGAAUUCAUAGUCUGAAGAAGGAGAUGAUCGUGAGUGUAGCAUAGGCAAAAUUUGGGUUUUAGUCCAUUUGCUUAAUAGAUAUCACGGCCUUAGAAUUUUCUACCUUUCGGUUGCCUCACAAGAUGCUUGACUGUAGUGCUGUAUUGUUUAAGCAUAUUUAGCCACUCACAAGUGAUCAUCGCGUCAAGGUAUUUGAAACUGGACUUGUGCCUUAUUUUAACGGACAAAGUCAGCUGUUAUAUUCCACGUUAAAAGCAAAGCAAAAACAAAAACUCUACGUGAUAUUCUCAGAAAAAAUCCGAAAGACUAGUAGCAAGUGUUAGUAUUUCAGACCAUUAAAUGUUUGAGUAUUGAAAGUCUGCUCGUAAACUAGACUUCCUACUAUUAUGAUGGACGUAGGGAGAAGGAAGUGAAAUUAAGGUGAGUUCUGAAAUAAACAAAAAAGUAUUAUCUUCUGCUAGGUUCAUAUUUUCUAUUAGAGCUAAACCAAAUAUUUGUAAACUCCCCUGCUGUUUGAAUUUUUUUUUUUCAAAGAAAUGACACCUGUUCUACAAAAGAAUUGUAUAAACAAAUAACACCUUUGGCUUUGGGAUGUGGUCUUCAUGUGGCCGCUAAACAGUCACGGUCUCCUGCAGCCCACUCCAGCUUUUCUCCUUUUGCCCUUAGAUAUCACAUCCGUGGUAUUUCAGGGAUAGAAGAGCAGUGUGUGAAUCUAGGAGCUAUUUUUUGUUAAGUGGAAGUGUUGUUAAGUGUUACAUUUGAUGGUUACCUACUUUAGCAUAUUUUAGAAAGGCACCAAAAUAUAGCAUGAUUAUUUUUUGAUUAAAAAUUAAUAACUUACCCGUUUAGGAAAUAUUUAUUGACUCUUUGUACUGAUCAUGUGCAAGUACAGUAACUGAGGAGGUAGGCAAAUAAAAUAAUCGACCUGCUCUGAAUGAACCAAUUAAAAGGAAAAGGAAUUGCAAAUAAUAGUAAUAAUAAUAAUAUAUUUUGCUUAGAAGUUAUUAGCCCGAGGUUGUAACACCCAAAAAAGGGCCUUUUAAAGCUGCUUAAUCUAAAACAUGCUCUAAGUCUAGAACCAUAGUACUGUUUCUAAUUUCAUUAACUUACUUUCUCUGUUAUUAUACAAAGUAUAAUAAUGCUGCUAUCUAAGAUAUCUACUUUUAAGGGACAGAUUCAGAGACUCUUAGAAACUAAGUGUCCUUGUUUGUUGGAUUCUCUGUCACCACGAUGCCCAGUCUUUUCACCAGGCAGCACUGGGCUCUCUAUAAUGGAACGAGGCUCCUUUGCAAAACUUAGGGCCACUUUACUCAGUUUAGGAUUAACAGAGGGUGUGGAGGCAUGUCCAUGGGAAUCUGGUUGUUACUGUCUUUAUCUUGAUAACAGCUUUCUCUCGAAAUAGUCCCUCCCCCUUUUAAAUUAAAACUGUAUGUGACAGUGCUGUUGUUAAGAUUAUAGGAUCCACAAAUGCUAAUGAAUUAGUUGUUUCUUAAAUAAGGUGAAGAAGUAGACUCCUGAUCAAGAGGAGAAAACUGUGAAUAUUCUUACGAUCAGUAGAUCUUCCUUCUCUUCUAGAAAAUCUGGAUUUUCAUGAAAAGAUUAUUUUCAUGAAUAAAUUUUCUAAUGCAAAUUCCAUUUUGUUUAACAUAAAGAACUUUGAUUCUGGGUAGAUAUUAGUAAAUCAGAAUAUAAAUUUAAGAAUGUAAAAUGAAUACCCAUAUCUAAUUUUCCCCCAAGCACUUCUUAUUACUGGACUUAGUUUUUACAAACUCUGUGUCAGUACUGACAUCUUUCCUGUGUCAAGCCCAGAAAUUUGUUCAGUCUGUUUCUUAAAGCUUGUUUAAGAGACAGAAUUGUUUUGAACAAACCAGUUAACAUUUUGAUUUGGUCAAGAUAGAGAAUUAUGUGUAUUUAGAAAGAAGCAUAUUUUAUUUUGAAAAUAAUAGGAUUUUGUGCAAUAUUUUUUCCUGCAUAAUUUAGUUCAUAUAAAUAUGCACAUCUGCUUUUCCAGCAGAUGCCUUAAGGUCAUAUUUUUCAGUAUUUGUGUAAACUGUAUGUAGCAAUGUUCUAUGUGAUUUUAGAAAAAAGUGUUCUUUAUAAUGUUGCCAGAAGGAAUGUUUUUGUUUAUUUAAAAUAAUUAUGGGUAUUGCAUUAUUGUAUCAUAACUAACUGCCUCAGCAACAGUAAAUAUGCAAUAAGAAAAUCCUGAACCUUAGAUUAGUGUUAACAAUGUUGUUACUUUAAAAGAAGUGUAUAUAGGGCAAAAUGCUGAUUCUACAUGUGUACAUUUAACAAAUGCUCAAUCUGUACUACGUAAAUCCACACGGCCUUUGUAUGGUGAUGACCACAUAUGCAGAUUGUAACAUCCUUUGUGAUGAACCUUUGGUAAGAUUUAUAAAGGGCAUUGCCAACACUUUUUGACUGUCUGUAACUAAGUUAAUUUUUGUAUAAUGUACAGUUUGUUUAAGCUUAGAGCUUCUAUAGAUUUCUACUUUUAUUAUACUUGAAUGAGGCAGAAAAGCACUGUGGAAAAUCUGUAGCUCUGGAUGCGAUAUGCAAAUAUACCAAAAAAAGAAACCAAGGUACUGAACAGCAGUGUUAACUGGAUGCUUUCCAUCCAGAAAUCUGUGUUUUUUCAAACCAUACUUAAGUGAAGUAAUUUAAAAUACACAAUCUUUUAUCUUAAAAGGUUGCAGAGUCACAAAUGAUUACCUCUUUGACAUGAUACACCUCUAAGUCUCUUCGUCUCUUUGUGAUUUCAUUUCUCAGAGCCAUGUUGAGGUACCUUAACAAAUCCACCCUCUGGUUGAUUAUGUGAUGUUUAGGACAGGACAGAAUUAGAACUCUGCGCAUGCUAAAUGCACCACGUAUGUCAAGUCACCAUCCUUCAGAUAGUAUAACGUCCAUAUGGUUAUUUUGAGAACCAUUUAAUAAUCAUCUACCAAAAAUGAGAUUUCUUGAAUCUAUUAUGAUUUAGUACUUAAUCGCAAUGCCUAAAACAGCUGACAAGUAUGAACUGCAUGGAGCCUACAAUUUAAGAUGUAUAAAGCUAUUUUACAUAUAAGGUACAUGAAAGGUUCAAAAUUGAGCUUUUCCAAAGCUUAUUUCUUUUGCUUUAAAUGAAUACCUGUUUAAAAGGACUGAAAACCUUGAGCUUUUUUGCUAGACAUGGUGACAGAUAUCUGUAAAAACCUAUCCAGCAUUGAGAUUUGCUUUCUUAUUCUUGCAUCCUUGAGGCUACAGUAUAAAUCAUCUCUGAAGUUGACUACUAUUGGGAGGACAUUGUGUAUAAAAAUAUUGCUUUGGAAAUUUAAAAAGUAUGCAAAAAUAAAUAAUGGGUGAACUACACAUUACCAUAAAGUGCCCAACAAUGCAGUUAUAAAAUAAAAUUGGUCAUAAGCAAAA